AUGAUGUUCCCUGGUCUCCUCGCGCCCCCCGCCGGGUACCCCAGUCUCCUGCGUCCCACACCCACCUUGACGCUGCCCCAGACCCUGCAGACGGCUUUUUCUGGCCACUCCAGCUUCCUGGUGGAGGAUCUGAUCCGCAUCAGUCGGCCCCCCGUCUACCUACCUCGCAGCGUGCCCACCGCUAGCAUGUCACCGCCCAGGCAGGGGGCCUCGGUGACCCUCACAGAUACCGGGGCCUCAGAUCUGGCCUCCCCCGGCCCGGGCGGCCAGCGGGGCAGCUCCCCGCAGACGGCCGUCUCCCCUCCCAGCGAGCCCACGUUUCUGAAGUUUGGGGUGAACGCCAUCCUCUCUUCGGCGCCCAGAACUGAAACGUCCCCCGCCUUACUCCAGAGCAUCCCUCCCAAGACCUUCGCCUUUCCUUACUUUGAAGGCUCCUUCCAGCCUUUCAUCAGAUCUUCCUACUUCCCAGCGUCCUCGAGCGUUGUGCCCAUCCCCGGGACCUUUUCCUGGCCACUGGCUGCCCGCGGCAAGCCCCGCCGGGGCAUGCUGCGUCGAGCUGUGUUCUCCGAUGUGCAGCGCAAGGCACUGGAGAAGAUGUUCCAGAAGCAGAAGUAUAUCAGUAAACCCGACCGCAAGAAGCUGGCGGCCAAGUUGGGCCUGAAGGAUUCGCAGGUGAAAAUCUGGUUCCAGAACCGACGCAUGAAAUGGAGGAACUCCAAGGAGCGCGAGCUUCUGUCCAGCGGGGGCUGCCGGGAGCAGACCCUCCCCACCAAGCUCAACCCGCACCCGGACCUCAGCGACGUGGGCCAGAAGGGUCCGGGGGACGACGAGGAGGAAGAUGAGGGUCCUGGCAGCCCCCGCCACCGCCUGGCCUAUCACGCGUCCCGCGCCCCCCGGUACCUGCGGGCCCCGCGGCUGGAAGGGCCGCUGUCCCCCUCGCCGGCGCGCUCCAGCAGCCCGGGCAAGCCUUCGGACUCCUCCGACUCCGAGGAGGACGAGGAGGGGGAGGAGGAGGAGGAAAUCACGGUCUCCUAG